AUGCUGCUGGUAAUGAAGCGGAUAUGCUCUUGAAGCAAUGCAGCUGACUUCACGGGCAGCAGCGACAUGUCAGAGAAAGUUCCAGUAAGCCACACUUGAUUUACUACUGCUUUCACUUCCUACACUGUAAACCAUGACUAUGUUAUCAUCUGAGUGCAACCAUAAGAGCUAUUUUUUUUUUAUUAUUAUUGUUAUUUAACAGGUUACCUGAUGCCUUAUUUAUUGAGUUUUGGAUGUCUCUGGCAGAUCGAGAAGAUCUGCAUACUGUAUGUUUAAUCUCUGUCCUUCUGUACCUCAGUAGAAGUUUACAAUAAAAACAUUUUACUCUUGAGAAGUUUGAAUUCUGAGUAUUUAAACUAUGCUCAUCUAUAUAAAAUAUGCAUCUUUUAGCAAAUCUGUAAUACCAGAAGCCAGAAAAAAAAUCAUUUCUAGUACUUUACAUAUCAGUGUUUGUAUACAUGUCUUUAUCUCGCACGUGGCAAGAUAAAAAGCACGUGCAAGAUCACAGGUAUUUAGAACCUGCUAGUUCUAAGUACCUUGCUCAAGAGCACGAAACAUGAAAACAUAAGCAGUUGUCAUCAGAUAAAGCCAUCCUGUUGUGCUUUUCAUCACCUUUUCUGGAAUUUGAAUGAGCUGUGUGCUCAUAACAAGGACGCUGUGUCUAAAUAAACACAUGGUUGUAAAUCGGUCAGUUUACUGUGGCUCCUACAUGAGUCACUACUGGUGAGCUAAAGCUGGGAAACGCAUGAGCUUGUCGGACCGCACCAGCUAUGCUCCCGUUGGGUUAGAAAUAGCUUCUUCUCAAUGUCAUCCAUGCAAGAUAAGUCGCCCUGAAAGGAGAGUACACAACUCCUAAUACCUCUUCCAGCACCUCAGUAAGUUUUGUAAGGGGGCCCAAAUGAGAAGGCAAGGGAAGGCAAAUGGAUAGCAGUCUUGGGGUGACGCAUCAAACGAAGCAAACUCAAAAAAGAAGAAAGUGAAAUGUUCAAAGUUGUAGUUUUUGUGUAGAUGAAAUUAUGCACAUCCGAAAAUAUUCCAUUUUAAUUCCAGGUUGAGAGGUGGCAAAACACAGAACAAUCUGAAGGAGGUGAAUACUUUCACAGGUCACUGUACUCUGUACCAUGGAAAAAAAAAAAAUAACUGGAACAAGCCUUUUCAUAUUUAUUUAUAGGGGUGGACAUUGUCCCCCUUGGUGGCACCUCUGACUCAAGGUCGGAGACGGCGUGCAGCAGGUGGACUGACUUAAUAUAGCUUGAACAUGAUCUUAUUGCAAUGCCCACGCCCCUCCCGCUACCCCCGCAUUGGUGUCAAACAGCCCUAUAAGCAAAAUGUGUCACACUUCAGUGUUACCGGAACACUUUACUUUCCCGUGUGUACUUGGCAAAUAUAAGCGAAAGAACAGAAGGGUAUUGACAACAGAGGGAAGAGUGCCUGUGGGAAGAAAGAACAACAUUUACUUCAUUUUGGGAGCCGUCAAUAAGUCACGUGAGUUUUCAACCAGCAUGGGGCAACACGAAUCCAAAGCCUCUGUCGAAGCCCGCGUUAUUUUCUACCGCUGUUGUCCAGAAGACAUGAGCCCGAAAAUGGAUCCAUCCCCUACUCCGUCCUCCGUCGUUCACAUUCAGAGGAAGGUGCCGUCUCCGAUGAGAUGUCUACGCCAUUCUGCCCGGACCACGGAGAACUCCUCAGCCCACUCCUGGCCUCUGAGUCGCCCUGACACAGAGGGACUGGUGUACGUGAUGGAUAACCCAACUGGUGGCGUCUGGGUGAAGCCGAGGGAAAAAUGGACCAGAUCCUGAUGGGAAGAGAAUUUGAACAAUGGAACGCCAUGGAUUUUUACCGGAAGAAUCAGUCGAGCCGUGACUGAAUACCUUCCUGUUCGAGGUUCCUUUCAUUUGGGUUCCCUAAAGCUGAUGCUCAGCUACACUGCAGCUUGUGGAGCGGGGUGGGCGUGAAGGCCUGUUAGUCUCUGGGGAGGAGGUUGUACACCGAUCACUGCAGUGAUUUAAGUGUAACUGUGGGUUAUGCUGAGCAAGCAGAAGCCUGCGUUUACAAACACGGUGUUACAUGUGUACUGCCAUGUGUUGCUCAUCUACAUUGAUCCAUUAGAUUUUGCUAUGGAUACAGUCGUUUGAGUAAAAUUAAAGAAGUCAAAGCAACGAGAGAAGUCAAGUCUGAUAAAGUGCUUGAACCACUUUGAUUGGGAUGUGUAUCUGUAGAACCUUCCAAAGUCUGACCUGAGCUUUAUUUAUUUUUCUCUCCUUUUUAUUUAUUUAUGUUCAUUGCUAGAGCACUGAAAAUGAAAAAAAUAAAUGCAACUGAUUUGUAUUUAUUAUGUCUUGAUAUUUUAGUUUGAAUGUAAAACAUUGAGAAUUAGAACUAGUGCAUUUUUUUAAGUCUGACCACAUUUCUUUUCACUUUAUUUAUUAUUUGUGCAUAUGUUUUUUUUAAAUUAUUUUUAAAAUUGUUCUUACUGAAAGAUGUGGUGUGUCUGACACCAGUGUCUACAUUGAACAUUUUAGCGUCUGUUGUUUUGAGUACACAGACUCCAUGAAUAACAUUUUCCACACUUGAUUUAAGUUUAAUUGCCUAAUGCAACUUGAUUUAUACUCAAUCAGGGGAAGGCGUAAAGAUUUAUAGUCUUGUAUCAUGAUGGUCAAAUAUUGCUUAUAUUUAAAAUAUUUUAUGAUUACUUGGAUUUGUCAUUAAGUUGAGUGGAUUUUUAAAUUGUUAAAAAUUGUAAAUUUAUUGUCUCAGUCACGUGUUAACUAUAGUACUUUCUGACACGGAGGGGCAGAAGAGAGAUGUUUGUUUACCCCCAAAGGGCUGUUUGAUAUGUCUGCACACCAACAGUGCUAUAAUUGCUGAAAUUAGCAUCAUAUUUACUGAUUCCACUUAUAAAUAAAAUUUUUUUUUUCUUUUUUGAUGGAAUCUGGUGCUUGUUUUUUUACUUUUGUGGUUUCAAAUACACUUUAACUGCUGAGUUGAAGUCUUGUUCUGUUGCAUACAUUUUCUAAAACAUAAUUUAAAGUUAAUAAAAUCCUUAUCGAUUUUGUUGUGAGAAAUGGGAACGUUCAGUUGCUUGUUCAGGUGUUUCGAACACAACAGAUACAGGAAAGUAUAAAAGCUUUUAUAUUCAGGGCGCUCAAACUUGAAUUAUUACAUAAAUUAUGUAAGAUAUCUUCAAAACAUUGCAAUUGUUCAAAACACAGUUUCGAUUUGUGAAGUUCAAAAAGGAAUAUUCUGCUUUUAUGACCACAAAGAGGAUGGUAGGAUGUCAUUUAUUUAUUCAACAACCGUCACUACCUGUUAAACAAAUACCUAAUCACUCAUCCCUUCAUAAUGUUCCCAUAAAAAUAUCAUGUCUAAAUGCAUAUUUUUAGUCAUAGGUUUAGCAGCAUGUAAGCUAAAUGGUUACAUUUGAAAGAGACGUGGUCAAGAAUAAAACUAUUUUUGGUUGGUGGAAAAAUCGUGUGACUCCAAAUGAAGGAUAGGUCGAAACUUUGCCCCCGUUUCCGCAACUUAUCAGUGUACAGUGAAUCAUAGUCAGCACAGAGAUAAUAGCUUAUCUAUUAAACUCCGGGCAACGCAUUAUGCAAACAAGACACCAGGCCGGUUAUGCGGCUGCCCCUCAUACCACUAAAGAGUCUGUGUGAAUUCACGCCGCCAUGGGCCACCCGAUCUCCAAACCACAGGUUCAAGUCCUUCUUCUGGGCCUGGACAACGCUGGAAAAUCCACUCUUCUCUACAAACUGAAGCACAACGCUAGCGUCUCCACCGUCCCGACGAUCGGCUUUAACGUGGAGAUGUUGGACGCCAGAAAAAACAGGAAGAACAUCGCCGUGACCGUGUGGGACGUCGGUGGUCAGGACAAGAUGCGCGAACACUGGCAGGACUAUUACCAAAACGCGGCGGCCGUCGUGUUCGUGGUGGACGCCUCGGACUUUGGGCGCAUGGACGAGGCGCGCAGUGAGAUGGAGAGGGCGCUGCGCAGCGACCAUCUGCGGGGCUGCCCGGUCGUUCUGCUCGCCAACAAGCAGGACGUGAGCGGUGCGCUGACCGUCACCGAGAUGAAGGACAGGUUCAACAUGAGGAGGAUGUGCGCGGGUCGGGACUGGCUCGUUCAGCCUUGCUCCGCUUCGACGGGGUUCGGAGUCGAGGAGGCUUUUAGGCGAGUGGUUCAAAUGGUCAGACUCCCCUCUGAGACUGGAGCGGUCAAAGACAAUAUCAAGGAUAGGGUGCACUACCUGCGAUCGAAUAGCAAACAAUAAGCUUAUCAUGUAAGAUAUGUACCACUUCUAACUUAUUUCCGCCAACAGCAAACUUAGCGGUCAUAUUAUGCAAAUAAUUGUUCUGUGGAGUUCACUG